AUGCGGGAUCGGCGGAGCUGGGGUAGACAGCACCGAGCUGCGAGCCCGGCCCCACAACUUAGCGCCGGGACGGCCAGACCCGCCCCCGCGGCGCCGCCCCCGCCAGAGCGCCUUCCUGCUGCCGCCGCCACCGCCGCCGCCGAGGCCGGGCCAGGGUGCACCCCGGGCGCGGGGACGCACGGAACGGGCAGGAGUUUCCUCCGAGCGCGCGUCCGCCAGCCGGCCUCUCCCGCCCCCCGGCGCCCCUUCUUCUCCCCUCCCGGACCCGGGCUGCGCGGGGAGGGCGCAGGGGGCGGGCGGCGGCGGCGCGCGGAGGAGGAAAAGGAGAGCAAGAAGAGGAGCGUCCCCGGAGAGAAGCCCGCUCCAGCUGCAGCCGCAAGUCCCCUCCCUCCUUCCCGCCCUGUAAAUGCGGAGAUGGCGGCGGCAGCUGCGAAACGAAGCGCCGGUUCUCCAGCGCCACUCGGCGCUCCUACAACGUCCGCCACGAGCAGGAGGAAACUGCCGCGGCGAGGCGGCUGCUGGGUCAAUACGCGCCCGCAGCCCUGGAGCAGAGCAGGCGGCUGGCCCCGCCCAUUCUCGACGCGCCGGGAUGGGGCGGGGCCUCAGGUGCCCAAUCAUAGUGCGCCGCCCAACGGGCCCGCCCCGCACCCUCCUCCCUGAGCCCAGGCGGAGAGAAGACCUCGGACGGCUUUUGUGAACUGGCAGGCAUCCUGGGUGGAGGUGAGGCCCUCUGAGGCCUUCAGACGCCAGCAGCCCACGUUCCACAGAGUGUAAGCUUUCUCCUCAUUUCCUUUUUGGUGCCCAAGUUUCCUGUCCUUGAGGAACCGGGCCUGGCGUGUCUGGGACGGCAACUUGGUGAGGAGCUGUAGAAAUAGAGGAGAAAGGGGCUUCUCAUUAAGUUCAGGCUCCUCUUUUCCUCUGUUGCUUUUGGUGACUUCCUGAUGAAACGUGAAGGAAAGGAGACUGCCAACGACAGCUGGCUACAAAAUCUAUGAGUGGAGCCUAAGAAGUAAUGGUCGUGGGGGUUAGUGUUUAAUUGCUGCUCAAUCCCAAAUCCACCCUUUUUGACUGCACCGUGAAAAUGGAUCUGGGCCCUUUUAAGCAUCUCGUGUUUUCUGCUGGUGUCAAGAAAAUAGUGACAGGCCCAAGACCCUUCGCAGAUCUUGAAACUACUCGCCUACCUAAGAGAAUCUUGACAUUGUUGACAUAAUCUUCACCUCCCUUUGCUUUUCCUUACCUGAAAGGAAGCUGAGCGAGAGGAUGAGUCAAGUAACAGUAAACUUCGGAGAAGGUGUGUUCCCUGACUCUCUUAGCUUCCUGGACACAAAAGCAAGUGGCAUGUGACAUACGCUUUCUUCCAAGCCAUUGUCCAUGUUUAUAUAAUGUUUCACAACGUUGCAUCACAGUGUGUAUACAAUUUUCUGCUCUUCUUUUGGCAUUUAGCAUGAGACCAAAAGCAAUAUCUCCAUGUUGCUGCAUAGCCUUCAUAAUUCAGCAUAGGGAGUAUUGGUCUCACAGACCUGGAAACAGGUACCACCUCUGUCGUUUAGGAGUUGUAUUACCCUGGAUAAUUAACUAACCUCUCUGGGAAUCACUUGGUCUCUAAAAUAGGGUUAACAAUAUCUGCCUCAUGCUGUCAGGAUUAAUAAAUGAGUUACAGGACGCAAAGUCUUGGUGCCGGCCUAUCCUAAAUGUCCAAUAAAUUUUAGCUAAAAAUAACCUUCAUAAAAUAUAAUGUUUAUGUGGUAUAGUAUUCCAAGUGGAAAGUGGAAAGCAGAAAUUAUUUUUGAGAUAGAACCACUCUAACAUAUGAUGAAAUACGCACCCAAAUCUCUUUAAAUUCCAAUUUUACAUUUUACGGUAUAAAUGUAUA